UAAGUUUUAAGUCGGCAAAAACGCGCAAAAUCUCUCCCCAGCGGUGAUUAGUGUUCGAAACUACUAAACUCAAAGAGUCAAUUCUCAGAAUCCAUAAACUAAGACAUAAAUCAACACAAAAGGUGAAGUUGUAAAGUUGAAUCUCUGCCUAAAUGGCCGAAACUCUCAGCUCAGCCAAUUCUGAACCCCAAAAUAAAGAAUAAUUGUCUCUAAUAAUUACAUGUCUCCAUGUUUAUAUGGUAUUGUCUAACGAGUUCAUGAAAUCGGUAGAAUCCCAGCUGAUAAACAAAUGAUCAUCACCCUGAGACGUCACACCGGCAAAAAAAUUUCCCUCGAGUUGUCCAUCGAUAUUUCAAUCGCCAGAGAAGUACAACGACUUAUCGCAAUACUAACCACAUAAUAGAUAAAGUGCAGAUAAUUUAAUUGUUGGAAAAAUUCAUUAAGGAUUGAAUGUGGCACUCGAAGGGUGAAAACGAGGAAAGAUGGAUGAGGGUGGAAAGGAAAAUUCCGUUGAUUCAUCAGAGGCAUUCGAUACAUAUCCCCAGGAAUUGUCUGAGAUUGAUGAACUAGAUGAUAAGUAUUACGAGCUGAGUAGUAAUUCGUCGUCUUCACGUCAGGAAUACACUCGUGAAUUCAGUUUAGACGUUGAAUAUGAUAGCAGCUCAACCGAUGAUAGUACACCACAAGUAGGUGAAAUACUCGAGGAAAAUAACAACGAUCCAAAUAAUAACAUGGAGGGUGGUGAGGGCAAUGUGGCUGAGGAAUUUAGACCAAUCGUCGAGGUUUCAGUGAGUCCACAGCCGGGAUGUAGUAAAGAUUUCAAUACCACCGAGAAAACAGAUCGAGUCAGUGCUGAUGUACACAAAACGGCCGUUAGGAUUCAAACAUUCCUGCAUGAUACAACGUACCCUCAAAUUGUCAGCAUCCUAGAGGAAAGACCCAACUUCGAGCUUGAAAUUCACAAAUUGUUUGGUAAAUCAGGGGCCGAGGUGGCGAUUAAACGAAAUCAUGAUGAUCAAAAUGCUUGUGAGAUUGAAACAAAAAGAUUAACUCUUCAGAAGUCUGAAGGUGGAGCUGGAGUUGAGGUGGAUGAAGCUUUACACAGUCCAGGACCUGAAGCUUUCCUCGAUGGUGUUCCUGAGAGUGAUAAACACGAAUUAACACCUCCAGAACCACAUGAUCGGCGUAAUAGGGUGAAUAUUCUCAGAAAUGACACGCCUAUUCGGAUAGACUCGAGUGAUGAUGAAGAGAGGGGCUCUAGGAGAACCGCAUUGACUUCAACAUGGGCUUCCUCCUACAAUAGCACCACCAACUGUUCCCACCCGAUGAAUUGGAGAGAUUGUCAAAAAUUAAGAGAGGGCAUUGAGAGUAUUGAAGAAAGAGUUAUGAAUGUUAGACCUCCUGUGAAGGUCAGGGCAGCUCCAGCUACGAUAGUACGAGAAGAACAAGUGACUAAGGUGUCCACGUGGCUGAAUCAGGGGAUGCCUAGGGUGAAUAAUGAGGCGAGGGGAGUGCCUGCUGCUACAGGAUCUUCUCGGAGUGUACAGGCAAAGGCUACUUCUGGUCGAGGAUCCCCUAAUCUCGAAAUUGGAGAACCAUAUGAACGUGUAAGGGAUCGAGGACGUCGUCGCCACAGUCCUCCCCUCGCAGGCCACGUAAAUCUUGAGGGUGUACCUACGAAAAUAAAAAUAGUAACAAAUGGAAGUGGCACACGGGUGAUUCAAGUGUGCGAUCGUCCACGUCAUCCAGGAUUACCACCCUACGAUGGACGUUAUCAUUUUCCACAAUUUGCAAUGGACCCCCAACCGGGAUCGUCAACAGGAAAUUAUGGGUACAGAUUGAACUCAGCGAAUGCUGUUCCACUACCAGAGACUGAACGCUCAGCAUUCAGAAGACGAGUGGAUCCAAAAGAGCAAUUACAACGAGAGCUCAUCGAUGCAAAUCGCCAAAUAGCUGAGAGAAUUGAUUAUUGCAGACGUGCAGAUGCUGAAAGGAAGAGGGUUGGGGGUAGAGUUCACACUGUUCCCCAGGUUUCUGCAACAGUGCCUCCACGUCCUGAGAGAAAUAUUCCGCCACUUCCUCAUGUUCCAGCGCCAGAACCCUCUCAUCAGCAGAGAGUCGAGACUCCACCUCGAAUAAUUCCUGUGAUUAAAGUUGACGAGAGCCCAGAGUCAUUCCCACGAGAGAAUAAAGAUGAAUACUGUAUUGAAAUUUAUACAAAACUUCGUGCGAUGUUUCCAAAUAUAAAAAAAGGAUACAUCAAACGAAUUACUCCAGUGGAUUGGGCACCUAACGUGGGGCAUGAUGUACAAUUUGCUCAAAUUGUUGAACGUCUAUUGGCGAAUGAAACCUCGUGGGAGCUGGAAAUUCCAAGUGAUGAGGGAAACGAUCCGAGGGGAUCUGCUGGAAUCAGACGAACUGUUGAUGAGACGUAUGAGCAUCUGUUGGAGAUAUUUCCGAAUGCUGAUCCCACAUUUUUACGUGAUAGAGCUGAAAAGACGUACAAGGAUGAUGAGGCACUGGAGUCAUUCAUCGAGCAAAAUCUACAAACUCAUAGUUAUCCUACCAGAGAGCAGUACCUCUCCAAGAUGAGAAUCACCGAAGAGCAGUUGAGAUACACCACUAACUUCACUGUUCCCACCUUUCUGGAAAAAUUUCCAGACCCAUUCAAGCAUUUUUUGGAUAAAAAACGAACGUGCAAGCAUGAAAUUGUGGGCUUGGAAUUUUUAAAGAGUCAAUUCAAUCGAAUUCGUGUCUCCACCGUUUCUAAAGUUUACAGUGAAACUCAAUGGAACAUGAGCAUUGCAACAGCUAAACUCAGGCAAAUCGGUUCAGACAUGAAUAGCACAAGAAAAUUCACUGAAAUACCAACCGAGGACAUCAAUCUCCUCCAGGAGAUGGCCUUCAUUCGUCAUCAGAGUCACAUCCAAAAAUACAUCGACGAUAUGAAAAAAGCAGAGAAGGCCGAAUUUGAAAAGUUGAAGAAGUCCAAUGAACUAUUGGAAUGCCAGUGCUGUUAUGACAACGAAUGUAUGCCAUCGAAGUGCUCAAUGUGUGAUCAAGGUCAUGUUUUUUGUAAUUCAUGCAUCAUCAAGGGAACUGAUACUAAAUUAGGGGAAGGAGAUACUCAUGUGCCAUGCUUCCAAGAUUGUGGUGCUGAAUUUAGUUUAGCAACGCUGCAGGAAAUUUUGAAGCCAACGAAAUUCAGUAUUCUUGUUAAAAAACGUCAAGCAGCUGAAGUUGCUGCUGCUGGACUGGAGGGACUGGUGUCCUGUCCAUUCUGUCAUUUUGCUUCGAUUCCACCUGAGGGUGACAAAGUAUUCAAGUGCCUCAAUUCAGAAUGCAUGAAGGAGUCGUGCAUUCAAUGCAAAGAACCCAAUCAUGUACCUCUACGCUGCAACGAAGUUGGUAAAGCUGAUAAAGCUCGCAAGUACAUUGAGGAAAAAAUGACAGAGGCUCUUGCACGUAAAUGUUAUAAUUGCAAGAAGGCGUACUUCAAGGAAGAAGGCUGUAAUAAGAUAACUUGCCCCUGUGGGGCUAUCAUGUGCUAUCUCUGCGAUAAGAAGAUUAGGGAUUACAGUCAUUUUCGGGGACAGGGAUCUGAUGAUAUGACUAAGUGUCCACUCUACAGUGAUAGUGCUAGAUUGAAUGCAGAGACUGUACGGAGAGUGGCUAAUGAGGCUAAGAGGGAAUUGCUCAGACAAGAUCCAUCGCUCAGCAUUGAAACUGAUCAUCUUCUACCUGCAGUUCCUCCACCAUCGGUUGGACCUCAUCAACAGAUUAUUCAAGCUCCUCAUGUGCAUCAGAUUGCUGAACCAGUACUGCCGGCUCAUCCCAUUCAUCAACAUUUUUAGCUCCGGUUUCACCACGUGUACAUAAUCAUCCAUAAAAAGAAAAAACAAGAAAGAAGAAAAAGAAUUUACAUUACAAAUUAUUAUUUUAAUGUUCUCUGUUUAGUUGUUAGUGUUGGUACUCGUAAAGAUAACUUAUUCCAUUUAGUUCGGAAGAUGCCAAGAAUAUUAUCUAGUGAGUUGUUACGUGAAUUGAGGAAAAUCUGAGAAGGGUACCUGAAAAAAUGUUCCUAAAUAAAUAUUUGCAUUUUUAUAUCAA